AUCCCAAAAUGUAGGAAGAUGAUGGCAUCAAGUGUUGGACUAAUAACAAUCUGUUCAGCUUUCACCAACCAGCCCAAAACUUGGCCGUAGCCAUCUUACGUUGGUGUGUCUAUUAACCCACGUGUUAAUCACCCAAAACUACCAAAAAUACAUUCUUAAAUAAAUUGAAUUUGUCAUUCUUAACCGGAAUCUCAUAAACUCCCAAAAGCAGAGAACCAUUUUCCGGCAAUGGAGGGACUAGUUCCGGUUCAAAGUGUAGGACAGAGACUCCCCGUUUCACCUUCUCUGUAUCACCGUAUCGGUUCUGUCUCCAUCGGACGUUCGGUUUCAGGUCUUGCCAUGGACAGGAGGAUCAAUUCUAGAGCUCCGUCGCUUUUCGCCAUCCGUGCUCAACAGUUGCCUUUUUGGAUUUGAAGGAGAGCGUAGGUGUUGCAUCUUCUUCUUCUUCAGUAGAAAAAUGAUGUUAGAAUCAAAGAAUGGGAAGUAGAUAUGUAUCAGAAUGAAGUAGCCAUUAGCCAAGGGAUUAGGAUUAGGAGAAAACCACCAAGCACGGCCCCGUUGGGUUAUUCUGGACCAUUUGAGUUGAGAUUGCAUACUGCUGAUUCUUCUCCCACUAACAUCUUGGAGGAGAUUACAUGGUUCAAAGCCCAAGAAGUUUCCCGGAUGAAGGAACUGAACCCACUUGAGGCGUUAAAGAAAGCUGUAGAGAAUGCUCCUCCUACUAGAGAUUUCGUCGGUGCGCUUAGGAUGGCUCAUCAAAGAACUGGCUUCCCUGCUUUGAUUGCUGAGGUUAAGAAGGCUUCUCCAAGUAGGGGAAUCUUUAAAGAGAAUUUUGACCCGGUCGAGAUUGCUCAAGCUUAUGAAAGAGGCGGUGCAGCAUGUCUUAGUGUUUUGACAGACCAGAAGUUUUUCAAGGGAGGCUUUGAAAACUUGGAAGCAAUAAGAAGCGCUGGUGUGAAGUGUCCCCUAUUAUGCAAAGAGUUUGUUGUAGACGCAUGGCAGAUCUACUAUGCUCGGACUAAAGGCGCUGAUGCAGUAUUGCUUAUUGCUGCUAUAUUGACUGACCUGGAAAUAACCUACAUGCUUCAGCUCUGCAAGAAGCUUGGUUUGGCUGCCCUUGUUGAGGUACACGAUGAGAGAGAGAUGGGUCGUGUUCUUGGAAUAGAAGGGAUCGAGCUGGUUGGCAUCAAUAACCGAAGCCUUGAAACAUUUAUAGUGGACAUUAGUAAUACAAAGAAGCUUCUUGAAGGAGAGCAUGGUAGACAAAUCCGCGAGAAAGACAUGAUUGUGGUUGGAGAAUCCGGUCUGUUUACACCUGAUGACAUUGCCUAUGUACAAGCUGCUGGAGUUAAAGCGGUUUUGGUUGGUGAGUCCAUUGUGAAGCAAAGUGACCCUGAGAAAGGUAUAGCUGGACUCUUUGGCAGAGACAUUUCUCAUGCUUAGAAAACUGUCUCUCUAACUAUGUUUCCUGGUACAUCUGUAUUUCUUGUUUAUGUGAGAAUUGAAAAAGACUAGAAAAGUUUUUUUUUCUCUUUUGUAUCAGAAUUUGUCAUCGAAUAAAUUGAAUCAACAUUUUUGAUUAAAGGAAAAACACCAUUUAAAGAAA